AUGGUCCAAGUGUUAAUGAUUGCUUAUAAUGUUGAUCUUAUUGGAUCUACUUGUAAAAGUUAAUUAGGUUAUUUUUACUCAGAUUCUAUAUACUAAUGUGUUAAAUGUCACUCAUCUUUUUUAGACUUUUUUGAUGAAGCAAAAUUGGUUGCUUAAGUUGUGAUUAUUAAAUGA